AAAAUAGGGAAUUAAACAAAAUAGAAAAAGCGAGCAAUAAAUAAAGCAGAUUGUAUACCAGAGUAUUUAUAUAUACCAGACAUUUAUGUUCUUUAUUUAUUUCCACAGGUUAACUUUAAUCUUAGUUUAAAUUGAUCAAAUAUUCGAAACAAGAUGACGAAUCGAAGCCUCCAAUAUCUAAGAAGCGAAUACAUUCAGCCACCUCCCGGGUCGCCUACGGUGGACGCCAAGCAAAGCCCUCUUGCUCUCCUCGCUCAAACAUGCAGCGCCAUCGGGAAAGACGCCAAACUCGGCACCAAGAUAUUCACCACCGACCCAAAGAAGUCUCCACCUGCCGGGAAAGUGGUCGUGACGUCAUCUCGUACGUCACCAGCGAUGGCGUCAUCACCGAAGCAGGUUCCAUCGCCACAUCUGCCGUACAACCAGCAAGCGGUGAAACGGGAAAAGUCGCCGACCAAUCACACCUCUCCUCCCGCCAAGAAAGCAAGAAUCUCAACCGACUCGUCCAAGCCCAAUUACGUCAUCACUCGUGACGUCACGAAAGUCGAUGACGCGAAACCGAUCCAUUCCCCACAAAUGGAGAAAUAUCGCCACCAACAGAGCAGCAAACGACGUCACACUACGUCACGGUCUUCCCAUGAUGACGACACAAAGAAGCAAGAUACGUCAUCAACAAAAUCACCCCACACCCACUCACCCUACUCAAGGGGAAUCACCAGCAACUGCGUUUGCCCCACCAGCGCCACCGACCCCCGUAACGUAACCGGAACGUCACCCCAAUCUUUUGACCCAUACUGCAUGGGGUGCAGAGGUCCCCAUAUUACAGGGAACCCAUGUUUCGACCUCAAAUCACCGAGCUUACCAUUCUACCCCUUUACCACACCAGGCUACCCGCUUUACGCACAAAUGGUGAUGGCUGCAGCCGCACGAACAGGCCCCACAAUCGACCCAGCACCCCACGUAUGCAACUGGGUCAACUCCGGCUCAGGAAAUUGUGGCAAACGCUUCACUACAGCCGACGAACUAUUCACCCACCUCCGCACUCAUGCUUUAUCAUCUUCCGCACCAACAGGAUACUUGAUGGGAGGCUUAGACAAACUCACCUCCAACCCAUACGCUGCUUACUUAUCCCAACACGCAGCAGCAUUGGCUGCAGCGACUUCACCAACCCCAACUUUUCUAUCAAGGCCUCAUAGCCCCCUAAAUAGAUACAACCCAUACAAAACCCCCACCCUUAGCCCCCAGCUACCAGCCAUACCCCCUUUACCAAUCGCAGCUGGCGUGGGUCCCUACUGUUCACCCUUUGCCUUAUAUGGGCAACGGUUAGGUGCUUUCCCAUACAACUAAUCCGUCCUUUUUUUCCCAGCCCAAGUUCCCGUACCGUCGCCACAUAAGCUACAAUCAAUUGUUAUUUAUGUUCGUUCUUUGAUCGCUGUGGCGCGGGGCGGCAAAACGCUUUGAUCGUUACGUCACAAUAUAAGAGAUCUCGUAAACCGUCGUAGCCGCAGCGAGAGCUAAUUAUUUUUCGCAGUGUUUCCUUAUAUUUUUCACUUUUUCGCUGCUUGCGCGGCAACACUUUCAAAGCUGCGAUCCUUCAUUGUGAAUUGGUAUCUUUACCGAAGCCAAUAAAAUUAAACAACAAAUCA